AUAGAGAUGGAUGAUCAAUCUAUGUUUGAUGAGUUUGGAAACCUGAGAGAGGACGUUGAAGAUCUGCAGGAUGAUGAUCAGGAGCAGGCUGUGGACGAUGAUGAAGAGGCCAACGAUCUGACAGGUAUCGAUGAUUCACGUGAUCGUCAAGAUAGAAUGUAUACAAAUGGUCAUGCCAAUGAUGAUGAUGGCGACGAAAGAAUGCAUGACAACAAUGAUGAGCGAUCAGAUCUCAGACCGAGCAAUGCAAUCGUGUUGCACGAGGAUAAGAAAUACUUCCCAGAUGCUAGCGAGGUCUAUGGCGAUGCCGAGGUCAUGGUACAGGAUGAAGACACACAGCCAAUCAGCAAGCCAAUCAUCGCGCCUCAGCGAGCACGCUCGUUCAAUCUCGUCGAUAAAGACCUGCCCAACACAGUGUACUCCAAGCAGUUCUUGGUCGACCUGCUUCAAUACCCUGCACUCAUAAGGAAUGUCUGUCUCAUCGGUAACAUCUCAUCAGGCAAGACAUCCUUCAUGGACAUGCUCUUCCUCCAGACUCACGAGAAGAAGUGGACACAUUCCAAACCUAUAAAGUACACAGACACAAGAAAGGAUGAACAACAAAGAGGACUGAGUAUUAAGGCUAUGCCAAUGACGUUACUGUUGCCAAACUCAAAGGAGAAGAGCUACCUGUGUAAUAUAAUGGAUACACCUGGACAUAUGAACUUCUCUGAUGAGGUCACAGCCUCAUUGCGUCUUUGUGAUGGCGCAGUGAUCGUGGUGGAUGCACUGGAGGGCGUCAUGCUGCAGACUGAGCGAUUGAUCACACACGCCGUCUCUGAGGGUCUGGCCAUAUCGGUCAUCAUCAACAAGAUCGAUCGCCUGAUCCUCGAGCUGAAGCUGCCUCCACAGGACGCCUACUUCAAGCUGAAGCACACAAUCGACGAGAUCAACACAGUGUUGGAGAAGGCGUCACACGGCACCGAGCGAGUCAGGGUGUCGCCCGAGCUGGGCAACGUACUGUUCGCGUCGUCUGAGAUGGGCUGGUGCUUCACUCUCAACUCCUUUGCCAACAUAUAUGCCGAUAGCCACAAUGCCAAGUUCUCUGCCGACGAGUUUGCCAAGCGUCUCUGGGGCGACCUGUACUUCCAGCCCGACACCAGAGCAUUCCGCAGGAAGUCCUCACCCUCUCAUCCAGACAUGCAGCGCACCUUUGUUCACUUCAUCCUCGAUCCCCUUUACAAGAUAUACUCAACAAUACUAUGUCGAGACAAGAAGACUGUAGAAAAUAUGUUGUUCGAACUUGGCAUUAGAUUACCAAAUGAUACAUUGGGAUUGGAUGUUAAGCCAUUGUUGAGGAUUGUACUUGGAUCAUUCUUUGGCAAGUCGACAGGAUUCGUGGAUAUGAUUGUAGCCAUGCCAUCACCUAUAGAGGGCGCGACCCGAAAGGUCGAACAUACCUACACUGGCUCACUGGCAGGAGACUAUGGAAAGGCUCUCAAGAGCUGCGAUCCCGACGGACCAUUGAUGCUGCACGUCAGCAAGCUGAUUUCAAAGAGCGAUGGUAGUGGCUUUGAUUGUCUGGCGCGUGUCAUGAGUGGCACCAUCACCAAGGGCACGCCCGUUAGAAUCUUGGGCGAGAAGUACACACCCGACAACGACGAGGACCUUGUAAUCGAUGAGAUCACUCGCAUCUCCAUCUGUGAGGCACGUUAUCAAAUCGACAUUGAGCGCGCCUCUGCUGGAACAUGGGUGUUGCUGGAGGGUGUCGACAACGCAAUCGUCAAGACAGCCACCAUCACAUCGGUCAAUGACAUUGACGAACAGGACGACGCCAACCGCGCAUCGAUUUUCCGUCCACUUCAGUUCAACACCAAGUCGGUGUGCAAGGUGGCCAUUGAGCCACUAAACCCAUCAGAGCUGCCCAAGAUGUUGGCCGGUCUGCGAAAGAUCAACAAGAGCUAUCCUUUGGCCGUGACGCGUGCCGAGGAGUCUGGCGAGCAUAUCAUUCUGGGCACGGGCGAGCUGUACCUAGACUGUAUUCUGCACGACCUGAGGACGAUGUACGCCGAGAUCGAGAUCAAGGUCGACGAUCCGGUCAUCUGUCUGGCAGAGACCAUCAUCGAGACGUCGGCCAUCAAGUGCCACGCAGACACACAGAACAAGAAGAAUCGUCUCACAAUGAUCUGUGAGCCAUUGGAGAAGGGAUUGGCCGACGACAUUGAGUCAGGACUGAUAAAGAUCGACUGGCCAAAGAAGAAGCGCACAGAGUUCUUCCAGAACAAGUACGGCUGGGAUGUGUUGGCCGCCAACAAUCUCUGGGCAUUUGGUCCAGACGCAUGUGGAGCCAACGUACUCAUCAAUGAUACAAUCGAUGUCAAUCGCGCCAACCUUAUGUCGAUCAGCGAGUCUGUCGUCAGAGGAUUCCAAUGGGCCACCAAAGAGGGACCACUGGUCGACGAGCCCGUGCGAAACGUGAAGUUCAAGCUGAUCGAUGCCACCAUUGCCUCUGAGCCAAUCGCUCGCUCUAGUGGCCACAUUGUGCCAGCAGCGCGCUCAUCUACACACUCUGCCUUCCUGGUGGCAGCACCGCGUCUAAUGGAGCCAGUAUACAUGGUCGAGGUCAUCUCGCCACCCGACUGCGUCCAGUCCAUCGAGUCAGUGCUGACUCGUCGCAGAGGACACAUCAUCCACGACUACCCCAAGCCCGGCACGCCCCUAUACAUCACCAAAGCACUGCUGCCCGUACUGGACUCGUACGGCUUUGAAACGGAUCUGCGCUCACACACUCAGGGUCAGGCAUUCUGUCUGUCCACAUUUGAUCACUGGCAGAUUGUUCCAGGUGAUCCACUCGACAAGUCAGUCGUUCUGCAGCCACUGGAGCCUAGUCCCCAGGCACAUCUAGCACGCGAGUUGCUCAUCAAGACAAGAAGAAGAAAGGGACUAAGCGAGGAUGUAAAUUUAAGCAAGCACUUGAGCGACGAGCAGCUGUUGAACCUGGCCAAUCAGACU